AUGGCGGCCUUGGGCCCCGGAGGCUACGCGGCCGAGAAACUGUCAUCUGCCACGGCGGGGAUUCCGGCGCGAAGGGGCCAGUCCUCUCCGCCCCCGGCCCCAGCGCUCUGCCUUCGGCGGCGGACGCGGCUCACCGGGGCGCCGGAGGACACGGUACAGAGCCGGCAAACAGCCGCCACGUCGAGCAAAAAGGCAAAGACCAAGACCACCAAGAAGCGCCCUCAGCGCGCAACAUCCAAUGUGUUUGCCAUGUUUGACCAGUCACAGAUUCAGGAGUUCAAAGAGGCCUUCAACAUGAUCGACCAGAAUCGAGAUGGCUUCAUCGACAAGGAGGAUCUGCAUGAUAUGCUUGCCUCUCUUGGGAAGAAUCCAACUGACGCAUACCUGGACGCCAUGAUGAACGAGGCUCCAGGCCCCAUCAAUUUCACCAUGUUCCUUACGAUGUUUGGGGAGAAGCUGAACGGGACCGAUCCGGAUGAUGUCAUCAGAAAUGCUUUUGCCUGCUUCGAUGAAGAAGCAACAGGCACCAUUCAGGAAGAUUACCUGAGAGAGCUGCUGACGACCAUGGGAGAUCGCUUCACGGAUGAGGAAGUGGAGGAGCUGUACAGAGAAGCACCCAUUGACAAAAAGGGGAACUUCAAUUACAUCGAGUUCACGCGCAUCCUUAAACACGGAGCAAAAGACAAGGAUGAAUGA